GUGAUGGAUAGACUGGCAAAAAUGAAAAAGUCAAGACAAAAUUCGAGCAAGGAGCGUUUGAUCUACUUCAGGAACCCUGAUACGACUACAGAACAGAACGAAAUGAAAGAAACAAACUGGAGAUCAAGGAUGCUUUUUAAGACUUUUCCUGUGACCUGUCAAUCCUACAGGCCAACUACUGAAGAAGUUACUCAGUGGGCUCAGUCUCUGGACAACUUGCUGAGCAGCAAAUGUGGAUUAACCGCUUUGCGACUGUUCAUGAAGUCUGAACACAGCGAGGAGAAUAUCGAGUUCUGGAUGGCCUGUGAAGAGUUCAAAAAGAUCAGGUCCAGAUCAAAACUCAAAUCCAGGGCAAAAACCAUAUACGAUAAAUUCAUCAGGCCAGAUUCUCCAAAAGAGAUCAACCUGGACUUCUACACAAGGGAGUCCCUCCAACAAAGCCUUCUGAUCCCAACGCAGUCCAGUUUCAAAGCAGCCCAAAACAGAGCUUACUUCCUGAUGGAGCACAACUCGUACCCUCGGUUCCUGGACUCUGAACUCUAUCACCGGCUCUGCAGAUUUGCUGCAGGAGAGCGAUAAUGUUUUCAGUCGCUGUAUUUCAACAAAUGGCCGGUCCGUUUUAGAAUGCUGUGCAUCUAGUGUUUCAUGUUCUAUGUAGUGAUUGUGCUACUAUGAUUUCAGUGUAUUUAAAUAUUGCAUAUUUUGCACAGAUUUGUAAAUAGUUAAGGUGUGAUGAUGAAUGUCUGGUAUUGGUAUUGAGUGUUCACAUAUAUAGUAGUAUCUAUGUUUUGGUGUUUACUUGUAGGUCUUUUUUUUAUUAUUAUUUUUGCUUUUCAAUGAAAGUAAUAAAAAAUAAU